AUGGAUAAACCAAACGUUCUUGCUCGUGUCGUCAAGGUUUUGGGACGUACCGGCUCCCAGGGACAAUGUACCCAGGUCAAGGUGGAGUUCAUUGGAGAAACCAGCCGUCAAAUCAUCAGGAACGUGAAAGGACCAGUGCGUGAUGGAGACAUCCUGACUCUUCUCGAGUCUGAGCGUGAAGCCAGAAGACUACGAUAA